AUGUCUACGUCUAUAACACACCUCCUUCCUCCCACGCCCGCUCAACCUUCGAGCAAAGCCCGCCUGCUCACGCCAACCACCCACCCAAUCCCUCUGCUCCCGUCGUCACUCGCGAAACCCUAUAGCUACAUUCACACCGCUCUCAUUCCGUUAUACUACUACCUCCGUGCUUCAUCGCUUGUCGCAGAUCCGGCCAACACCCUAGUGAGCGAUUUGGGAGUUGUUGCUGCAUUGCAGUGCUUGUUCUGUGCAAUCUGCAUACCGCCUGCCGGGUCUUGGGUGUCUGGUACGCCGGGCGGUCCGAUUGUGGAGGGGACAGCAAGUCCAGGGCAGAAGAAUCCAAAGAGUCCCAAGGUGCCUGGAAGUGUGGGAGCAGGGAGCCUGAGGAAGAAGAACCUGGGAACAGGGGCUGGGAAGGGCCAUGGUCAUGGGGCUGGAAAAGGAGGUAUCGGGGCAGCUGCUGCGGAGGGGAGCUGGAAUGCGAGAAUCAUGCCCGCACUCUUCUCCUUGAUCUUAACGCUCACUCUUCCACCUCUCCCGCUCGCGUUAAUCGCCCUCGUCCUAGGCGCACCUUUGUACCCUACCUCCCUCCUCCCCCUCACAUUCCUCCUCUCAGUGCAUGUCUCCCUGCUCGGUUUCUUGCCGCUGUUCUACACCCACGGUGUCUCCUCCCUCGCCUGGCGCGACGUCGCAGCCGCGUGGCUCCCUUUCGACACAGCAGGCGUAUGGGGAGGGACAGUGGGAAGCUUUAUUGGGGGAUGGGUGGGUGCCAUUCCGAUGGCGCUGGAUUGGGAUCGCGAGUGGCAGAAAUGGCCUUGUACGGUUAUUUGGGGGGUGGUGAUAGGGUGGACGGUUGGUAGGGUCAUCACAAAUGGGUUGGGAUGGGGCAAGGGCAAGAGGAUCGAUUUGAGCGAGAAGGAGGAACCUGAACCGGUCUAUGACGAGAGUAUCCCAGUGGGAGGCGCGAAGAGGACGGAGGGGGACAAGACCGAGUGA